CCAACAUUCAUUUAAAUUCAUCUCAUCCAUUAAAGAACUUCUGAUUUGUUCCGGAACGCUAUAAAUCUAAUAAAGGUUUAAGUGAAACCUCAAUCUACAGUGGCAAUAAUUAUAAAGUUUUGAAGCUGGAUUAUUCUGGAUAUAAAGCAAUCUGGAGACCGUUGUAAUGUUCCAUCAAAGAGGUGAUUAAGCAGAAAUAAGGAGCCAUUUCAUUUGCUCUAAUCCGUUAGUUGCUGAAAGGCCGUGGUUGCGAUUGGAUUGACUGGAAGCCCUGUCGAAGGUGAAACGUUAUUUGUUUGGCUGUACUGUUGUGUAGUUCGAAGAAAAAGGAGUAAAGUCAUGGAGAGUCCAGAAACUACUGAAGAAACGCCCAUACGUCGCCCCGAAGGAAUAGAGAUGGCACAAUUACCACUGCCAAAUCAAAAUGGAGACUUAAUUAGUGAUGUUGAUUCGUUAGUCGCCUCACCCCCGGGGAGUUAUGGAAGUACGAUGGAUAUAGGUCCCGGGGCCUCAACUGCUAACCUGUUACGAAUAGAUCUAGAUAAAAAGAUAAGUCGCCAUACGGGCGAAGAAGGUCCAGAGAGAGAAACUUGGGAUAAUCGAGCACAAUUUUUAUUAUCUUUGGUGGGAUAUGCUGUAGGCCUGGGAAAUGUAUGGAGGUUUCCUUAUCUAACACAGAAAAAUGGUGGCGGUGCCUUUCUAAUUCCAUAUGCCGUUAUGUUAGCAAUAGAAGGUAUUCCAUUGUUUUAUCUAGAACUGGCCAUAGGACAAAGACUUCGCAAAGGUGCUUAUGGUGCGUGGAAUCAAGUGUCACCAUAUCUAGGAGGAAUCGGUAUAGCUUCUUCUAUUGCGUCGUUUAAUGUAUCGCUGUACUAUAAUACUAUCAUGGCCUGGUGUUUGGUGUAUUUAGUUCAAAGUUUUCAGAGUCCAUUACCUUGGGCUACGUGUCCACAUAAUCUCGGACCCAACGAUUCUUAUGUCCCUGUGCCAGAAUGUGAGAAAAGCAGCCCACCAAGUUACUUCUGGUACAGAGACACCUUACAGACAGCUCCCUCUAUAGAAGCUACCAGUUAUCUAAACUGGAAAAUGUGUGUUGGUUUACUGGGUGCAUGGAUUAUCGUCUAUCUCUGUAUGAUUAAAGGCAUUAAAUCUUCUGGAAAGGAGUAG